AUGGCCGAGCAUCAAGACCCCGCUGCAUCUGCAGCUUCUUCAUCGGCAUCCACCCUCAUCCUCCUCCAGAUCUCCUCUCGUCUCCUUACCUUUGUCCUCAACCAGCUCCUCGUGCGGCUCGUCUCUCCUAGCGUAUUCGGUCUCGCCAACAUCCAGCUCGAGCUGUUGAUCUCCACCAUCCUGUUCGUGUCUCGCGAUGCAUUUCGAACGAUACUCAUCCGCAACGAGCCUGGCUCCUCUGCAUCCAGCUCGAAAGCUGUGGCUACGUCGAGUCGUGUUCGAAGAGGUGUGUCAAAUUCGAUUCACAACAUUUCGCUGCUACCCAUCCCCAUCGGUUUCACGUUGACCGCGAUCGCGUGCACGGUGUACGUCCGAUACAUCUCGCCGCUGGCGAUGCGAUCUCUGCCAUCGUUUCACGUCAGCAUCGCGCUGUACGCACUCGGAGCGCUGAGCGAGCUCGUGUACGAACCGUUGAUCAUCCGCGCAGUCAGACUUGGUCGUCCCACAUGGAGGGUCAAAGCCGAGGGGAUCGCCGUUCUGGCAAAGACCAUCUCUACCAUCGCAACGAUCAUCCUCCUACCUCUUUUCAGCACACCGUCGUUCAUUCAAAGCUGGGUCGAGGACGAAAGAUCGACCGCGCUCCUCGCAUUCGGCAUCGGACAAGCCACGUACAGCAUCGUCACGCUCCUCGUCCUACUCCUCUUCUUCUUCCGCGAAUACGGUAUUGCCCCCACCAUUGACCUCUACGUCCCCCGGUCGGACCCCGUCUCUCCCCCGAGAUACUUUGAUACACCUACGCUCUCCCUCUGCGCCACAAUGUCAUCUCAGGGAGUGCUGAAACACUGUCUGACGGAAGCGGACAAGUUCGCCAUCGCCAAGUACUCUUCGCUCGAAGAUCAGGGUGGCUACGCCCUCGCCAGCAACUACGGAUCGCUGGUGGCGAGGAUUCUGUUUCAACCGGUGGAGGAGACGUGUCGGAUCGUGUUUAGCUCAGAGCUGACGCAAGACGGUGGCGAGAGGAAGCGUAGGGUGAGGGAGAUGCUGGGUGGGUUGUUCAAGAUGCAUUUCCUGCUCGGGUUGGUGAUGGUGACGUUCGGAGGACCGCUGAGCAAGACGUUUCUGUACGUUAUGGCGGGGGAGAGGUGGGCGUUGCAGACGAGCGCUCCGGAUAUCUUGGCCGCGUAUACGUGGUACCUUCCGAUCAUGGGGUUGAACGGGAUUGUGGAAGGGUUCGUUCAGAGCGUCGCGAGGAAGGAGGAGAUCCAGCGGUACAAUCGGGUUCUGUUUACUGCCAGCGCGACUUUUAUAGGAGGUCUGGUGAUGAGCAGGAGUAAAGUGGUGGAGGGGCUGGUGGGAAAGACAGGAUUGGUGUGGGCGAAUGCAGUGAGUCUAGCGGUGAGAGCGGGAUGGUGUUGGAAGUUCUUACGGGUGUACUUUGGAGGAGACGGAGAGUUGGGUGCGAAAGCUGCGCUGCCGGGAAGGAUUACGCUGGCGGUGCUGGGGAGUGUAGCGGCGGUUUUGAGGGUGGCAGUGCCGAGGACCAUGCCGAUGGACGAGCAGUUGGUGUCGGCUGCAGAGUCGGGAAGGAUACAAGCGUUGAACUUGCUUGCACCAACAGUGGGAUUGACCAGUGGCUGUCUAGCCGUAGUGGUUGGCAGUAUCGUGGUCUUCGAGAGGAAAGCUUUGAUCAAAGCACUACGUUCACUUCGUGGUCAACCACACGAAACACGCAAAACGAAACGCUCAUAG